AUGGGAAGUGAAAUUGAUAGCGAAGCAGCUGUUCAGAAGACCGCCAUAAGUACAUGGAGUCCUGAAGCAUCUCCGGUGGAAAGUACAAAGAGUGCUGGUGGCGACAUCAACACUCCUCAUAAUAUAUUUUCUAACCCCAAGAUUCUCGAGUACUAUACAGAAUUGUACGAGAAAGCGAACUAUGAAUGCCGCCAUUUGCUAGAUCCUAGUCUCGAGUGGACGCGAAAAGAGGAACGGAAAUUGGUACGAAAGUUGGACUGGCAUGUCUGUCUAUGGGCAUGUACUAUGUUUUUUGCCCUUCAGGUGGAUAGAGGCAAUCUUAAACAGGCCAUAUCAGACAACAUGUUACAAGAUCUAAAGCUAUCUACGAAUGAUUAUAACUAUGGAAACACAAUAUUCUUAGUUUCUUUUUUAUUAGCCGAACUUCCUUCUCAACUAGUUUCAAAGAAGCUCGGCCCAGAUCGAUGGAUACCAAUGCAAAUGACUCUUUGGUCCAUAGUGGCAAUUAGUCAAGUUGCCCUGAAUAGCAGAAGUACAUUCUACGCCACACGAGCCCUGCUCGGAGUUCUCGAGGGCGGAUUUAUUCCAGAUGUCGUUCUAUGGCUAUCAUACUUUUAUACAAGUCAUGAACUUCCCAUUCGGCUGAGUUUCUUCUGGACCUCACUGAGUAUUACUGGAAUGCUAACAUCUUUAUUGGCAUUUGCCAUUUUUCAUCUGGAUGGGAUCCAUGGAAUCUCAGGAUGGAGAUAUCUUUUCCUUAUCGAAGGUUUAAUCACUCUAGGUGUUGGUAUAGCGUCUUUCUUUCUAAUGCCCGCUUCGGCUGUGCAAACAAAUACCUGGUUUCGUCCCAAGGGCUGGUUUAGUGAUCGGGAAUUAAGCAUUGUUGUGAAUCGAAUUCUGAGAGACGAUCCAAGCAAAGGUGACAUGCACAACCGCAUGGCCAUAACUCCGAAAAGGCUAUGGUUGUCGCUGACCGACUACGACCUAUGGCCGAUUUACGCACUUGGGUUAAUCGCAUAUGUUCCCCAGGGACCAGUAGCGUACUACUUAACUUUAUCUCUGCGACAUAUUGGAUUCAAUGCCUUUCAAACAAAUCUUCUCACUAUACCUGCCACAGUUGCUGGAAUUAUCACGUUGCUCGGGAUAACAUGGCUCAGUGAAAGAUUCCGUGAGAGGACAUUUAUCAGCAUGAUGCAGUCAAUUUGGACACUGCCGUGCAUUAUCGCCUUGAGAUUCUGGCCUGGAGAGUUACAGGGCCCAUGGGGUACCUUUGCGUUAAUCACUGUUCUAUUAAGUUAUCCAUAUUGUCAUGCUAUCCUGGUGGCAUGGUGCUCGAAAAACUCUGGAUCUGUACGAACACGCUCCGUCUCUGCGGCUGUAUACAAUAUGAUGGUCCAAUUAGGAGGAGUAAUAUCAUCGAAUAUUUAUCGAGCUGACGACGCACCGCUCUAUCACAAGGGGAACACGAGUCUUAUAAUCAUAAAUGCCCUUGUCAUCAUGCUGUUCGUCCUGACCAAAGUUUAUUAUAUCACGAGGAAUAAGUGGAAAGCUAAGAGACUGGCUGCCAUGAGUGAAGAGGAGAAGGUCAACUACGUUAAAGCAACAACCGACCAAGGAAACAAGAGAUUAGACUUUGUUUUCGCACAUUGA